AUGCAAGCCUCAGGAGAUGACGUAGUAGCUUGCAGCACACUAAAGGGCGCUUCUUUAAUAGAUGAAGAAGCCCAUCUUCCAGCAUGCGGGAAAGAAAGCGUCAAACCAACCAGCCGGGCAGGAAAGACUCAUGCUCCUUCCGUAGACGCAGCAUACCGUGCGAAUAGCCAGCCGAAUGAAAGUGCACGUCCUCAGUCAACGAAGGGUACGGGCCAGAAACUGGAGGAGACGGAGAUCCUUCAGUGCCGAGGCAAUCCAAGAGCACCACAUGCUUUUGCAACUUCUGACGAUAGAGCACUAUCGGCGUUUGGAACAGAUAAGGGGAUUGACGACGUUGUGCAGAAGAGCACGCAGCUGCACGGGGUUUUUUCUAAG